AUGGAGCAUUUUGCUCAGCAAGCUUCUGCGGAAUGGUUGUGGGAGAAAGGUGUGCAUCUGAGGCUGGACUACGGCAGUCGCCCUCGUGACACUUCUGGUUUGCAAGAUCGGUUUUGGCAGACUGGCCUGCGAAAUCUGGGCAACUCUUGCUAUUUGAACGCUGUUGUUCAGUGCAUGGUCGCAUGUCAGCCUCUGCGCAGGGAUUUGUCUCAGAGACUGCGGAAAGGGCAGUUGCGGACAUGCAUGGAAGAACUGACGCAACGCCUGCAGAGCGAGAAGUACGAUUGCAUCGCUCCGUAUGCUUUACUAAACCAGAUCUAUUUGACCAAUACCGUGAAAUUUCCACCUGGAGAAUCGGCAGAUUGCAGUGAUUGCCUCGAAAUCCUGCUUGAGACUUGUGGCAUCGAACACGCUGACGGUUUGUAUAUGAUGACCAGCACGCCGAUGGAAUUGGAUCAUCGUGCAAUCACUGUGGAGGAGGUGACGCGGGCGAACUUUCCAUGUGGCUGGCCGAACUCGGAUGCUGUCAUCCUGCAACUGGACGGCAACCGUGAGGGCGCUGCGAUCGAUUGGACGCAGCUACUGGCUCAGUCUGGAAGAGAGGACACGGCAAAAUAUGACGGAACAAGCUUUGGUGUUAAGCUUCGUUUGGAGUAA